UUGAGGCCGAGCAGCGCUUCCUUCCCCCGGUGCAGACGUUCACUCUCCGCCGGUGCCUCGUCACUCCGCGCUGGAAGAUGGCUGCGGUGGAGCGGCCCCCUAUAAAGGAAGGGAUCCGGAUAGCGUCUCUGUGUGCGUGCUGGUACACGGUCAGUUCGGGGGGCAAUGUCAUCAACAAAAUCAUCCUGAACUCGUUCCCGUACCCGGUGACCGUGUCUCUGUUCCACAUCAUCUCCAUCGUCGUCUUCCUCCCGCCGCUCUUGCGGGCAUGGGGAGUCCCAAAAACAGAACUGCCGAGCAGGUACUACCGGUGGUACAUCUUGCCUUUAGCCUUCGGGAAAUACUUUGCAUCGGUGUCGGCGCACUUCAGCAUAUGGAAGGUGCCGGUUUCAUACGCACACACGGUCAAAGCCACAAUGCCAAUAUGGGUUGUGCUGCUAUCAAGAAUUAUCAUGAAAGAGAAGCAGACCACAAAGGUGUACACUUCACUCAUCCCCAUCAUUGGUGGAGUGCUGCUGGCCACGGCGACUGAGAUGUCGUUUCAUGUUUCAGGAUUAAUCAGUGCUCUGGCUGCCACACUCUGCUUCUCGAUGCAGAACAUCUUCUCCAAAAAGGUGCUGCGCGACACAAGGAUCCAUCACCUGAGGCUUCUCAACAUCCUGGGCUUCAAUGCUGUGAUCUUCAUGCUGCCCACCUGGGUUCUGGUGGAUCUCUCUGUGUUCCUUGUUAAUGGAGAAAUGUCAGACAUCUCGGGAUGGACUGGUACCUUUUGCCUCCUCCUCAUCAGUGGCUUCUGCAACUUCGCCCAGAACGUCAUUGCAUUCAGCGUGCUCAACCUCGUCAGCCCGCUCAGCUACGCCGUCGCCAACGCCACCAAGAGGAUCAUGGUCAUCAGCAUAUCACUGCUAAUGCUGCGCAACCCAGUCAGCCUUAUUAACAUCAUGGGUAUGAUGACGGCCAUAGUUGGAGUCUUUCUCUACAAUAAGGCCAAGUACGACGCAAACAAGGAGAAGAAGCUGCUGCCGAGCUCCAAGCAGGACCUGACGUCCUUUGACAACCCGGCGCUGCAAAAGAUCCAGGCCAACGGGUCAGUGCCUUUCUCCCACGGCUCAGAACAGCUGCAGCAGCACAACUGGAACAACGUGCUGACUGACCACUUUCAGUACAGCCGGCAGACCCACACGACAAACUUCACCAGCAACCCGCAGUACGUGGUGUAACGCAGGAGUCUGUGCUCGCGCCGGGUCGCUGUCAUAGACAUCACUCUGUAUCGCCAGCCCCCUGCCCCCACCACAGCAGCGGGUCACCUCUGCCCCGCCUCACACUUGAAAGUGAAGGCUAGUGCCGUUUGUCCUGAACAAUUAAGGAAAGAGUUGGUGUGGAUGGCCCAGUGACCUGACCUCUCCCAUGCGCCUCCCGGUCUAAACUUCACUUCCUGACAGCUUCAUUUUGCCUGUUUUAUUAAUUAGUUCUCACUGUAUGGGAUAGUUUGAGGAAGAACCAAACUCGUUUCGGACAUUUUCAGACAUGUUGGUUAAAAAAUGAAUCCAUGUGAUCCAGGCAGAUGAAUGUGAAAGGUGGUUGAUCAAGGAUUAAUCCUCAAUGUUUGGAAAUGUUAGUUUUGUUUUCAGAAACAGCCAUACAGGGUUUUAUUUGUUUUUUGUCAGAGGAAAAGAUGUCGGCUUUAAUAUUUCAUUGGAUCAUAAUGAUUUGAUUUUAGGCAUUUCACGUUAAAGAUUGUCUUUUUUCUUCAUGCGGCAUCUGUCAUGAUGUGAGGAGAAACUAAGUAUUCAAUUUGUCCAAAUUCUACAGAGGCAGAUUGGAUUUGUCUGUGGACUGUGGAGGAUUUUAAGUCGAAGGUCACCUGAAAAAAACGUUUGAUGCCAUGUCAGUUUAGCGCUUUGGAUCAGGCUGAAAUAUGUCAACGACUCCGUAGAGCCAUACCCCUUAAAUUCAGUCAAGCAGCACCAAAUUGCGCACACUCAUAGAUAUAAGUUCCCUAAAUAUGCCUGAUAUUUUCAUCAAGAUCCAUGAAUUAUUUCUUGAGAAAAACGUGAAAAAUAUUCCUGGAUAAAAAAUCCCCAAAUUUGAAUGAAUUAUUUUUACUUUCACAAAACAUCCUUCCAACGAGUUUUCUUAGAAAUCCGUCCAGUUCUCUGGUUUGUCAUCCUGGUAGCAAACAGACAAACAAACCCAUGCAGAUGAAAACUUACCUCCUGGGUAACUAUUAGAGGAGAUUCUGAUGAAAUUUGAACAUGCAUUCUUUUAUUUUUAUAAUUGUUAUCGUUUUAUCGCCCGUCCCAACAUGCAGUGUCCAUGUCUUUGAAUUGAGACAAAUGUUUCUGCAGUGAGACAGUUUCUAAAGAAGAAAUUCAUAUUUGAUUGAAUAAAACAAAGCAUCCCUAUAGGCAUUUUGCAGAAUACUCGUGAGUCAACUUUCUUAGGAGUCUUAACCUGUAAAAUGUAAAGGAUGUAAAAAUGAAUUGAUAUAAAAUGAUCCAUAGUGUUUAUUUGAUGGAUCAUUGGUAUUUUUUGAUCUGUGAAGCUUCUCAGGCAGUGAAAUCUUUUAUCUCCUUUCUGGUGAUUUACUAUUAUAUUUUCAGCCUGAACCAAAGCUGCUCUAUCGUGUUUCUUGUUUUCUUAACGGGUUCAAGUCAAGUUUACACAUCAUGAAACAACUACAUGUGUGUUGCAGAUUCUGACUAUCUGUCAUGUGACAUCACAGUCUCUCUGUUUAAUGUAAAGCGACCAACUUUGAUUUAAAAUGACACGUGCAUGAAAUCCAAGGUUGGCUCUUUGCAAUUAAAGACUCAGCUGUAAUUUUAGGUGGACCUGAGGCUUGAUUAUCAUUAUUGAUAAUCGAUAAGCAUUUUCGUUGGAAAAGCCUUUUUCUAACUGGUUGAACAAUGUCAUUUAAGAAUCGAUCACAUUGUCUCCAAGCAUGAUUUCUUCGGUUGUCUCUGAUGCACUCUGAGCGUCUCACUGCAGCAAUAGAAGGGUUUUAUUUUUUCCUCUGUAACUUAACUUUGAAAUCAGCUUUGUAUAGUUUUGGUGAAAACACCACAUUACUUUAUUAAGUGCCAUUUGUAGCCAGCGAGCUUGUUUUUUUUAGUCCCUAAUUCAUAAUGCAGUUAUAUUUGAUGAUUAUGACUUUGUUUUUGUUGAAGUUUACUGUGUUUGCCUUCUCCGAUAGUUUUUAAAACACUUUCACGGUAUUUAGUUCCAAACUGAUCCUGCACCGAUCACUCUGGAUUUUUUUUCGUUCUGGGCCUCUGAGACGAUUCUGUUCAUCUCUGGGACUUUCACUUCUUGUUUGGAUUCGCAGGGGAAAUGAUCUGUAACUGCUGAUUCUGUUUUUGGGGGUGUUGGGAUUACAAAGCUGCAGUGGUUUUUCUCCAGAAAGGAGAGAAAUCUCAAACGCUUUGAUAGAAAACCAAAUGUUAGGUCCUGUUUUAAAGAAAUCUUGAAGUUUUCUGUUUUACAGUGACUGACAGAAAAGUGGGAACACCUGUAUUCAAUUUAAACGUAUGAGCAGAAAUAUCCUUAAAAGAACAGACAGAUGUACAGAGUGGGGCGUUCAGCAGCUGACGAGUUGUUGAGAACUGAAGCAGAGUUGAAAGAGGAAUCGAUUUCAAUUCAACUCCAGUUGUCAAAAUCUGAUUAUAGCUGAACUGUUGAUCAAUUAAAAAGCCUUAGAAGUCAAUAAAAACCAGCGUUUUGCUGCAAUAUGCAAUGAAAGAACCCAAACUAUAAUGAAUCCUGAACAGAGUUAUGAAUAUUUGUUACAGCAGCAGCUCUUCUGGGAUCAUGGGUAAUAUCCACCAUUCGGUUUUAGUUCAGUAAGAGAGACGAUGCAGGCUUUGGGUUUCUCUCUAAUCACCACAUAUGGCUGCAGAGGGCGCUGUUGCUCAGUUGAAGUUACAUCGUGUUGCAUGAACUCAAAUUGACCAGUAAUCAAGACAUUUCAGUACAGACACGUGUUAAGACGAGUCUCUCAUCUCCACAGCAAACCAGCUGAGAUGUGACGUUUCAUGCUCUCCGUGACAAAAUGCAAUCUGUUGGAAUUUUAAAUGUCAAUGAGAGUGAGUUGAUUCAGCAAAAAUGUGCACAUAUCUCUUGUAGUUUAACAAAUAACAUUCAGUAAAAUGAAAACUACAAUUCCAUGUUGUAGGAAUGUAAUGUGUGUGUGUGUAAUCUGCAUCUCAGAGUUUGCACUCAUUUCCCAAAAAGCCAGUGGUCAUUUGGAUGCUUUGAAGGAAAGGAAGUCUGGUGCAAACAGCAUUUGGCCAUUUUGUGUCGCUCCUGCAGCUCCUGCUCUAGACUCUUCAUUUGUUUUCUUCAUGUCCGUCCUCGAGCUGCCGAGAGCAAAGCGUCACUUCCGAUGCUGAUGCUCUGCAGCGCCGACGCUCCGUUCACAGGUCGACAAGGCGUCCAAUUUAUAAACCUCAACGUGUGGGAGACGUGUUGUAGUUUAUAAAUGUCCUCCUGACUUGAACUCUUGAUUUGGACGCCAGCUCUCUGCUGAAAAGCCUCUUACUGGGAUGUAAAUGUAGACGAGUGGACAAAGAGGACGACACUUUGUAAAAGUUGUAUAAUUAUUAUUUUUGUGGGUCUCUAAUGGAUCUUGAGGAAGAACUUUUCUUAACCGGUGUUUAUAGAUUUUUAUUUAUGAUGUCACGGUUUGAACAUGUUGUACAGAAGUGCAGCUCAGCACAGUCUCGUCUGCUUAUGUUUAGUAAUUGCUAUUUUUAAAUGUUGGGCGGGGGGGGAAUAAAUGCAUCAUGGAAUACUG